UUUGCAGGUCAACCAGUAGGGGGCAGCAGAGACCCUCCGAGCCAUCUUGUCAACCUGAUUUCUCAACAGGAAGAAGAACAGCAGGAAGCGUCAGCAAACAGAAAUGGCUACAGGAGUGGAUCAAGCAGUUGGCAUGAGUCUUGUUGUCUUCAGCCUCCUCCUGUUCACCUACUACUCAGUCUGGGUCAUCAUCCUGCCUUUCGUGGACAGUGAUCACGUACUGCACAAGUAUUUUCUUCCUCGGGAAUACUCAGUCAUUCUGCCCGGCAUUGCAGCAGUAAUACUGCUCCUCUGUAUAGGGGCCUUCACUGCAGUUAUCAUGUGGAAGAAUCGCAAGCCAAAAAAAGUGGACUAAUCUCAGGAUGUUGGACUGCUGUGGAUUAUGGGAAAAUAGCCUUGACUCAAAACCGUCUCUAGUGGCCCUGACGUUAAUGCUCACAGAAUGAGAAUUGUACAAAAGAAAGUUUCCUGAUAUUUAUUUUAUAUUUUGGUUCUAUUUCCAGUUCAGUUCAAGUUGAUAAUUAGAAAUCAGCUACUGUGUUUUAAAGCUGCUAUGUGUCGAAUUUGAAAACAGUGAGUGGUAGAUUAUAAAAAGACACUGAGAAUGAAUAUUGUGAAAACAAAAUAUAGCCUGCAACAAUGAGAAUAACUUAAAGAUCCCAUUAAAAGAAAUACGACACAAAAUGACUUUAAAUGUGUCCAAAGCUUAUGAAAUUGCUCACUGUUACUAUGACUGGACUGUAGUGUUCAGAUCGGUCACAAUGUUCUCUCCUUUAGUAGGCAGUACACAGUGUUAACAGGAAUUCAUUUAGUUGAAGGGUUUAUGUUAAUGCCAUAUUUAAUAGACCAUUAGGAUUUCAUCGGGAUCAGGUAGAUAAUGCCUCAUAUAAACUAACUACUGCAAAAGGGAGAGCUUAUGUCAGUAUCUUGAACUUCACAGUUGUCUCAAUAGUCUGAUGUUACUUUUACCUAAUCAGACCAAAUUUUAGAAAACCCUGAUUAUAAGAAGACAGUCCCCUUGACAGUGAACAUUAAGGCUUCAAACAACCCAUAAUGCAUCACUCUCUGUAGGAGCCGGUGUUACACCAGUACUAAAACAAUCUGAUGCGAAUACAUAAAUGUAUUGUCCUCAAUAUAUAUAAUACGACCCUCCCUAUUUAAAACUUACUUUCUAGAAUUUAUUAUGUUUGGGCUAAUAUGACAAUUGACAGUAAUAUGGCAGGAUGGAAGGAGGUGGAAUAUAUGUCACUGUGUAAAGAAAUGACAGAAUUCCGACUUUAUUGAAAACAGCAUUGGUCUUAAAUUCUGUAAAUACUGUGACAAUGUGUCCAUUUUUGUAGUCUGUGAAAGUAUGAAGUAAUGUUUUUUUGGAUGCAAACCAGAAUUUUAUUUGAUACGAACUGUAUCAGUAACAGUAAGGCUGGUAAUGGGGCCAGUGGUCCAUUUUCUUUGAUUAAUAAAUUGCUGAUGCUAAUUACAAA